AUGGCCCUGCUGCCCGGCUCGCUCCUUGGGGGGGUCCUGCUGGUCGUGGCCCGCCUGAGUGGUGAGAAGGGGCUGGGGGGCCCAGGGCGGACCCCACAUCAGGUCACUGGCCCCUGCCCCCCAGUGCCUGGGCUUUCCGUGGAGGUGACGGUGCCCGCCGAGCCCCUGAGUACCCCGGUGGGUACCACAGCCAAGCUGAGCUGCACCUACCGCACAUCCGUCGGGGACAACUUCGCCCUGGAGUGGAGCUUCGUGCCGCCGGGCCAGCCCCUGUCCGAGUCCCUGCCCAUCCUCUACUUCACCAAUGGCCACCUGUACCCCACGGGCUCCAAGGCGAAGCGAGCCAGCCUGGUGCAGAGCCCCCCCACGGCGGGAGUGGCCAGCCUGCAGCUGAGCCAGGUCCAGCCCUCAGACACCGGAACCUUCCUCUGCCAUGUGAACAACCCCCCAGACUUUGACACCAACGGUUUGGGGAUUAUCAACUUCACGGUGCUGGUGCCCCCGAGCCGCCCCUCGUGCAGCCGGAGCGGUGACACCGAAAUCGGAGGUGCUGUGGCACUGAGGUGCAGCUCUGCUGAGGGAGCCCCCAAGCCUGUGUACAAAUGGGUGCAUGUGGGCUCUGCUCCCACGGCUCCCCCCGGCGGCAUGGUGCAAGAUGAGGUGUCUGGCCAGCUCAUUCUCUCCAACCUCUCCCUGGCCUCCUCGGGGACCUACCGCUGCAUGGCCACCAACCAGAUGGGCAGUGCAUCCUGCGAUCUGACCCUCUCCGUGACUGAUCCUUCUAGAGGCCGGGUGGCCGGAGCAGUGAUAGGGGUGCUGCUGGUCGUGCUGUUCCUGUCCGUCAGUAUGUUCUGCCUCAUACGGUGUCAGAGAGACAGGAGGAAGCAGCCCAAGGAGACAUAUGUGGGCAAUGAUCUGAGGGAGGAUGCUAUGGCUCCUGGAAUUUCUGAGCAUGCUUCUGCCAAGCCUGAUUCUAGCCGUGGCCUUCUGGAGAGGUCCCCCUCUGCUAGCACCGUGUCCACCACCAAGUCCAAGCUCCCUAUGGUGGUGUGAUUGCACACCCAGUCCCUGGGGUGGGACAUGUAAAUAAAAAAAAUUAAAGCCUUCUGGCACCAGACUGUCUCUCCCUUUCUGCCAGCAGCAGCCAGUUCUUGUAGGCGGCCACAAACAUAAUACUGAUAAGGAGCGGGUGCUCUGUGCUCCAGCCAGAAUAUGGGUUGGCCCAAGUGGGGUGGGUGGGGGAUGCUUUGAGCACCCACUCCCCUCCCUACCCUUACCAUUGGGUUGGGUCCAAUGCAACUUGUGCAAACUUCCAGCCCGUGGCCGAUGCCCUGGAGCUCUCUCCCCUCCGGCACCCUCGGAACACUUGGACAUUCCUCUUUAUUGUUCACAUUCCAACCCAGCACGGUCACAUGCACACACCGAGAUGAAAAAAAAACCUUCCGGCCACAGCCCAGGAGCCCGGGGGAGGCGGGGCCGGGGCGGACUCCUCCCGUCGGGCGUCCCGGGCGUUUGCAUAUAAACCGGAGGAGCGCGAAGAGGCGGCUCUCGGGGUGCGCUGCGGGGAGGGGGCGGGGGGGCAGGAUACAGGCAGGCGCGGAGCUGGGGGGUGGAACAGGGGCUUGCCUUCCGAUCGGAGCGAGAAAAACCCGCUUCCCUUCUUCACUCCGCGCCCCAGAUCCGAAGGGCUGGGGCGGGAACAGCACGGAGACGCCGGGCGCUCCCUUCAGCGGCGCGCAGAACGCAAGGACUGGGAAGGGGGGAAAAAAGAAAAAAGAGAAAAAGAAAAAGACAAGAAGCGAUAAUACUCGGGCCACGCGGGCCGGCGGCCCAGGGCGGAGCUGCAUGCUGGGGGAGAGAGGA